AUGCCUCCGAAACAUCAUGCAGCACCUCCGCCAGGACUAGGAAAUAAACGUUCAAGGCGAACCGCCGGCGGUACCAACGGUGCCAACGGCGGUCAUCGGGCACCGCCUCCUCCUCCUCCUCCUCCAUCACGGAGUCAUAUUAGUCGCGGAGCUCUUGGACCGCAAUUGCGGCCGCCACCUCCGCCCCCACCAGGACUUCGAUCGCGAACACGAUCGCGCCAUUCUAUGGCGGAUGAGUCUUUGCAGCGGCGGAAGCGGCAAUGGCUUCAACUUCAAAAAAAGCGCUUUGUCAGCUCCAGCUCUAAAGGCUUUAGGGGCUCCAAGGGCUCUCACGGGGGCAUCUCUCAUCUCCGUAUGGAGAUGCCACCAGAACACCUUCGAAAAAUCAUCAACGAUCAAGCGGAUCUUUCUUCGCGCCGUUUCACACAGGAAAAGCGGGCCGUUUUAGGAGCACUCAAAUAUCUUCCGCACGCCAUUCUAAAACUUCUUGAAAACAUGCCACCACCAUGGGAAGCGGCCCGUGAAGUGCGUGUCGCGUAUCAUAUAGCGGGGGCUAUCACGUUUGUGGACGAAUCUCCGCGUGUCAUUUCCCCAGUUUACGAGGCUCAAUGGGCUACCGCCUGGCUUCAGAUGCGUCGCGAAAAGAGGGACCGCCGCCAUUUUAAACGUAUGAGAUUCCCGCCAUUUGACGACGAGGAACCGUUCAUCGAUUAUUCUGCUUAUAUAGAGGAUUUAGAUCCACCAGAACCUAUUCGCAUGGAUUUGGAUUCUAUUGAAGAUGCCGCCGUUGCCGAAUGGCUUUAUGACAAUCGACCACUCGCCGACGACCCUCGCAAACUCGUCAAUGGACCAUCCUACCGCCGCUGGAACUUGCCUCUUUCUGCCGCGUCCGCCUUGUACAGACUUUCUACGCCGCUACAGAUUGCCGACACUAAUUUUCCGCAGUAUCUUUUUGAUCGCGAAUCAUUAUUCACCGCUAAGGCUUUAAAUAUUGCACUACCUGGAGGGCCGAAGUUCGAGCCGCUUAACAAAGACCUCGCUCCUGAAGACGAGGACUUCAGUGAGUUCAACUCCUUGGACAGAAUCAUCUACCGCGGGCCGCUACGUUCUGAGUACAGAGUAGCGUUUCCUUAUCUAUAUAACUCGAUGGUACGUGGCGUUUGCACUUCCUGGUAUAGUUUUCCAACAGAAAUGUAUAUGAGAAGUGAUGAUCCCGACACUCCAGUGUUUUACUACGACAGGCGGUUGUCGGAGAUUCGCGCCGUCAAAAAGCGUGAAAAAGCAGGAGCGGAGACACCUGCGGAAAUUGAAGGAUUUCCGCCAUUUUUGGACGAAGAACCGUUGAUUCCACGGUACAGGAUCUCUGAUACCGAUGCCAAUACCGAUGCGGCCGCUGCAAUUGCCGCUUUCGAUCUCUGGUCCGCACCACCUCCCUUCGAUCGCCGUAGCGGAACCACACGUAGAGCCCAAGACGUUGCGCUGGUCAAGCCUUGGUACCUUCAUCGCGCGGCUCGAAAUUCCCCCGUCAAGGUGCGAAUCUCCGCGCAAAAACUCCUCAAGACGGUGGUUGCCAACGAUCUUCACAGGGCGCCGCCUGCGGAAUCCGCCGCCGUGCUUAUCCGCUCACUUCGCGGCACAAAAUACUUUCAGGAAACCACAAUUGAUUGGACCGAGGCGGGAAUCCAGGUUUGCCGACAGGGCUACAACAUGCUCAACCUCCUGAUCCAUCGCCGCGGUCUCACCUAUCUUCAUCUUGAUUAUAAUUUCAACCUUAAACCGACAAAGACACUUACCACCAAGGAAAGGAAGCGAUCCCGCUUUGGUAAUGCUUUCCAUCUCAUUCGCGAGAUUCUUCGUCUUACAAAGCUCAUCGUCGACGCGCAUCUUCAGUAUCGACUCGGCAACGUGGACGCGUAUCAAUUGGCGGACGGCAUCUACUAUGCACUCAAUCACGUCGGACAGCUAACGGGAAUCUACCGCUACAAAUACAAAGUUAUGCAUCAGAUCCGCGCAUGUAAAGAUCUCAAACACGUCGUUUACCAGCGGUUCAACGCCGCCGUCGGAAAGGGUCCUGGCUGCGGAUUCUGGCAGCCGGCGUGGCGGACAUGGCUAUUUUUUUUGCGGGGAAUCAUCCCGCUUCUCGAACGAUGGUUGGGAAAUUUGCUUUCGCGACAGUUCGAGGGCCGCCAGGCUAAGGAGGUGGCCAAAACAGUCACCAAACAACGAGUCGAUUCUUACUACGAUUUGGAGCUCCGUGCAGCCGUUCUGCGGGAUAUCCUUGACAUGAUCCCCCCCGGUGUGCGGGAGAGCAAAUCAAAAACAGUUCUUCAACACCUCAGUGAGGCCUGGAGGUGCUGGAAGGCAAAUAUUCCUUGGCAAGUUCCAGGAAUGCCCAAACCGGUGGCGGAUAUCAUCGAGCGGUACGUCAAGGCAAAGGCGGACGGCUGGAUCUCUGUCGCUCAUUAUAACCGCGAGAGGAUACGGCGGGGAGCGACGGUUGACAAGGCGGUGGCCAAGAAAAACUUGGGCCGUCUUACGCGGCUAUGGAUCAAAAACGAGCAGGAGCGGCAAAUGGGAUACCAGAAGGAUGGACCUUAUGUGUCUCCCGACGAGGCUGUAGGUGUGUACAAGACUAUGGUGUGGUGGUUGUCGGAACGACGGUUUGUUCCAAUCCCCUUUCCGCCCGUCAAUUACAAGCACGACACCAAGAUUCUUGUUCUCGCGCUCGAGAAUCUUAAGUCGCGCUAUGCCGCCAAGUCGCGGCUCAACUCCACCGAGAGAUCGGAGCUCGCGCUCAUCGAACAAGCGUACGACAACCCGCACGAGUUUCUAGCCAACAUCAAAAAGACGAUGCUUACUCAGCGUAACUUCAAGCCGUUGACUCUACAGAUGGCGGAUAACUAUAGCCAGAUCAUCCCGACCUAUGACGUAGAACCGCUAGAGAAGAUAGUGGAUGCCUACAUUGACCAAUAUCUCUGGUACGAGGCGGACAAGCGGGGGCUUUUCCCGAACUGGGUGAAGCCCGCCGAUUCGGAGAUCCCGCCGCUUUUAGUCUAUAAAUGGUGUCAGGGAAUUAACAAUGUGGCGGACGUCUGGGAUGUCGGUGACGACCAGCGAAAUGUGAUGAUAGAGUUGAAUUUGGGCAAGCUAGCGGAGAAAGUCGACCUUACCUUACUCAACCAGAUGCUCCGACUCAUUGUAGACUCUAAUAUCGCCGACUAUAUCACCGCCAAGAACAACGUCGGUCUGACUUACAAGGACAUGACGCAUGUCAACCAGUACGGCUUAGUCCGCGGUCUACAGUUUUCUUCUUUUGUUCUGCAAUACUACGGAUUGGCUAUGGACCUGCUGCUCUUGGGUCCCGAAAGAGCCGCCGACUUGGCGGGAGAACCUGAGCGGCCCAACGAGUUCAUGGAAUUCGCGUCGGAAGCGGUUCAGAAGAAAUCGCCGAUUCGCUGUUAUUCGCGAAACCUUAACGUGGUGCACAUUUUCUUCCGCUUUUCCAGGCGGCAGGCAGCGGACCUUGUCCAGGAUUAUUUGAAUGCCAAUCCCGACCCGAACUUUGCCUCAAUAGUCGGCUACAACAACCGCCGAUGCUGGCCGCGAGACCAGAGGAUGAAGCUAAUGCGGGCCGACGUACAUUUAGGCAGGGCAGUCUUUUGGGAGAUGCAAGGCCGUGUGCCACUUUCUUUGGCGGACAUCCGCUGGGAAGAUGCGCUCGCUUCGGUUUAUUCCAGAGAGAAUUCAAAUGUCUUGUUCAAAAUGUCAGACUUUGAUGUGCGGGUGCAGCCCGUGGCCGCAAGUUCCGGAGGAGCUUCUAGUAGUGUUUCUGCCUCCGGCAAUUCCGCUGGUGCCGAAAGUACCUGGGAUCUCACCGACGAAUCCUCGAAAGAAAUCACCGCUAACGCACAUCUCCAGGUCUCCGCCGAGGCCAUCGCCGCUUUCGAUUACAAUAUCCGCCAUAUCCUCAUGAGCGCGGGCUCCGCCACGUUUACCAAAAUCGCAUCCCGAUGGAAUACGGCUCUUCUCUCACUUUUUGUCUACUUCCGAGAAGCCAUUGUGGGAACUCCCCAGCUUCUUGAGGUGUUGGUGAGAUGCGAAACAAAGAUCCAGACUCAUGUGAAACUUGGUCUCAAUUCCAAGAUGCCGUCGCGGUUCCCGCCCGCGGUGUUUUACACGCCGAAAGAACUUGGCGGCCUUGGCAUGCUUAGCGCAUCCCACAUUCUUAUCCCAGCGUCCGACUUGCGGUGGUCACGGCAGACAGAUACGGGAAUCACACACUUUCGCGCGGGCAUGACACACGACGACGACCGCCUCAUCCCAACGAUAUUCCGUUACAUCACCACCUGGGAAAACGAGUUCUUGGAUUCUCAGCGGGUGUGGACCGAAUUUGCUCAGAAGCGCGCCGACGCGGAAAAAUCGCGGCGCCGCCUCACGUUUGAGGAUUUGGAAGAAAGCUGGAAUCGCGGAUUGCCGCGAAUCAGUACUCUAUUUCAGAAAGACCGUCAGACUUUGGCGGUGGAUAAGGGAUACAGAGUAAGAAAGCAAUUUAAGCGGUAUCAAGAGGCGUACAGCAAUGCGUUCUGGUGGUUGUCGGACCGUCACGACGGAAAGUUAUGGAACUUGAAUGCUUAUCGUACCGACGUAAUUCAAGCGCUUGGCGGCAUCGAAACUAUCUUGGAGCAUACACUUUUCAAGGGAACCGGGUUCUCGUCUUGGGAAGGGCUUUUCUGGGAAAAGGCUUCGGGUUUCGAAGAUACUAUGAAGUUUAAGAAGCUCACCAAUGCACAGCGGUCCGGAUUAUCGCAGAUUCCAAAUCGGCGCUUCACUUUAUGGUGGUCGCCGACGAUCAAUCGGGCAAACGUUUACGUCGGCUUUUUGGUCCAAUUGGAUUUGACUGAAGUAUUUCUCCAUGGAAAAAUCCCGACGCUCAAGAUUUCGCUCAUCCAGAUUUUCCGCGCGCAUUUGUGGCAGAAGAUCCACGAGUCUUUGGUGGUGGAUCUUUGUCAGGUCUUGGACAGUAAUUUGGAUGAUUUGCAGGCCGAUGCCGUGGAGAAGUUACCUAUUCAUCCGCGGAAGUCGUACAAGAUGAAUGCUUCGACGGCAGACAUUUUGUUGACGGCAGCCUCUCGAUGGACGUGUGGCCGCCCAUCGUUGUUGUUUGACGCGGAAACGUCUGCAGGAACUGGCCGGAUCGCGUCGUCCACCGCGUCUUCCACCGCGUUUUGGUUCGACGUUCAGCUGCGUUACGGGGAUUACGAUUCCCACGACAUUUCGCGGUACGCGCGGGCAAAAUUCCUUGACUACACCUCCGACAAUACCAGCGUGUAUCCAUCCACCACCGGCGCCCUUAUAGCGGUCGACUUGGCGUACAACAUGUAUGAUGCAUAUGGAACCUGGUUCCCAGGUCUCAAACCGCUUAUUCAAAAAGCGAUGCAAACAAUCAUGAAGGCCAAUCCCGCUUUAUAUGUGCUCCGCGAGCGGAUCAGAAAGGGACUUCAAUUGUACCAGGCGCAGCCGCAGGAAGCGUUUCUUAGUUCCAGAAAUUAUGCGGAGCUAUUUAGCUCCGACAACAAGCUGAUUGUUGAUGACAGCAACGUUUAUCGGGUAGUUUCGCACUCGACAUUUGAAGGAAAUACAGCGGUUAAAGUUCUUAACGGAGCUUUGUUCAUGAUGAAUCCGAAAACGGGGCAGUUGUUCUUAAAGGUGAUUCACAGCUCUGUUUUCCAGGGUCAGAAACGGCGGACCCAGUUGUCUAAAUGGAAGGCCGCCGAAGAAGUUGCCGCUCUCGUUCGUUCGUUGCCCCGCGAAGAACAACCCCGCCAAAUUAUUAUUACGCGCAAGGGCCUGUCGGACCCUUUGGAGGUUCAUUUACUAGAUUUUCCAAGCAUUUCGAUCCGGCCAACGGAGUUACAUAUGCCAUUUAAUGCAGCCUUGAAGAUUGAUAAGCUUCAGGAAAUCGUAAGUAUGGCCAAGGAGCCGCAGAUGGUACUUUUCAACGUCUAUGAUGACUGGAUGAAAACGUGUUCAUCGUUCACCGCCUUCAACCGACUUGUUUUACUCAUGCGCGGCCUACAGGUAAACGUCGACAAAACAAAAUUAAUUUUGCGGGCCGACAGUUCUAUCCACACCGCCGCCCAUCACUUGUGGCCCACACUAUCAGAUGAGCAGUGGCGAUUGAUAGAGUCCCAGUUGGCGGACAUGAUUCUUAGCGACUAUUCGAAGAAGUACUCCGUGAAUAUCAACUCACUUACCGAUAACGAGAUCAGGGAUAUUAUAUUGGGUCAGGAUAUUAAUGCUCCUUCGGCGCGCAGACAGCAGAUAGCCGAAAUCGAAGGUGCGAACACGGGCGACGCGGCCUCUUCAGCCACUGCCGCUGCCACCGCGGCCACCGCGGUGAAAACCGUAACCACCAAUGUUCACGGUGAACAGAUCGUUACUGUUACUACCAAUGCGCAAGAAACUCAGCAAUUCACUUCACGGGCAGAUUGGAGAGCCAGAGCAUUAGCCACGGGAACCCUUCAUCGGAGGGCCCAGAAGGUUUACGUGGAAAGCGGCGAUCUCGCCGACGUGGACGCCUUUGCCUAUGUGAUGCCGAAGAACUUGCUCGCGAAAUUUAUAGCGUGCUCCGACACCCGCACCCAGGUCGGUGGAUAUCUCUAUGGAGUGUCUCCGCCUGAUAACGGCCAGGUGAAGGAGGUGCGGUGCAUUGCGAUGGUUCCUCAGGUGGGCGACAUUCACCGGGUGGAAUUUCCUUUGCAGCAAAUUCAGUCGAAGUUGUUAGCGGGACUGGAACCACUUGGAUGGGUGCACACUGUGCCGACGGGGACCGAGGUAGGCUUGGAAUUGAUGGGUACCGUGGCGGCAUCUGCUGCUACUGCCCCCCAGGCCUCCUCAGCGGACCAAGUGGCCCAAGUUUUCCCGGUGGCCCUCGCGGUAGAAUUUACCCCCGGCUCUGUUACCAUCGCCGCAAACACCGCCACAACGCAGGGAAUUCAAUGGGCCCAAGCAAACGCCGCUUCUUCGGGCAGCUCAAUUGCCCCAGAAGGUUAUCAGGACUCGUUCGUUAAGAAAUCCCCUCUUAUUCUUACUGACAACUUCAAGGGCUUCUUCCUGGUGCCGGAAAUGGAUGUUUGGAAUUACUCAUUUGUGGCGAAUGCAUGGUCACGUGACAUGAAAUAUGGUCUCAAGUUGGAUAAUCCUUUACCGUUUUAUCACGAAUUGCACAGACCUAUUCAUUUCGAUGCUUUCAAUCAGAUAGAAGGUGGUCAACUUGAGGCGGACCAAGAGGAUGUGUUAGCAUAA